AUGGAAUUCCAUGCAAUUGUCAUGUGCGGUUCGGGCCGUAGGCUCAGUCCACUUACUACAGUCUCAGGAGGUACUUCUGGGGUUUCUAAAAAAUCAGUUCCUAAAGCCCUUUUGCCUGUAGGUGAUAAACCCAUUCUAGCCCAUUCACUCGGUUGGUGUGAACGAGGUGGAUUCUCAGAUAUCACCAUCAUAUGUUUGAAUGAUGUUCUGACAGAGAUUAAGGCAUAUGUUACUGAUAAAUACCCAACAGAUAGAUUACAGAUGAGUGGCAAUAGCUCCAAAUCAUCUAUCCCUAUAGAAGUGAUUGGUGUUGAUGCACAAAAUACUGAGACUCUUGUUCCACUUUUUAGAGAACGAAUCAAACGAGACUUUGUGACCAUCUCAUCAGACUUUGUAACCGACAUUGAAGCUUCCGAGCUUCUUGAUUACCAUCGAAAUCGUAAUCAUGAUACCAUUCUUACAGGAAUUUACUACAAAAAUACAAUAGAAGCUCUUGAUAAGAAGGUUCUUCGCCCAAACAUUGUUGUUCAUUCAUCUCUUCGCAAUAAAUCUCCAUUGCUUCUUGACUGGUACCCACGUGAACAUGUUGCCCAGAAAAAGGCUCUUAUUCUGCGUGAUGCCAUGAUCAUUCGCCAUGCAAAUUCUGUCAUCUCUACAAACAUUCUACACUCUUCAAUAAGUUUUUGCUCUCACAAACUCAUUGAGAUUUUAGACAGUUAUGAGGGAAUCUUGACAUCGCCAGGAUCUGAUGAAGAUGAAGAAGAAGAAGAAGAAGAAGAAGAAUCAGUACCAAAAUCUACUUCAACAAUAGCCCAGGAUUUCUCUAAACCCAUCCAUCCAGUGGCCACCCGUGGUCGUCCUUGGAACAAGGUGGUGCGUGACAUUGCCCGUCGCUCAUGGCAACACAGCAAACCUCUCGAUACUGUUUCUAUUGCAAUUGUGGGUGAUACUGAUAAGACUUUUAUCCGUGUCGAGUCUCUACCGUCUUAUAUGGAAGCCAACCGCUGGCUUAUGAAGCUUAAAGCAAAGAACUCAGCACGACCCAGUGCACCGCCAGUCAAAGGUGCUGCUGUAAUUGGUGUCGAUUCAUUUGUAGCUACUUCUACCAAGGUGGCUGAACGAACUAGUGUGAAGAAGACUGUUGUUGGUAACAAUUGUAUCAUUGGCAAGCGAUGUCGUUUGACUGGUAGCAUUAUUCUUGAUGGUGUAACUAUUGGUGAUGAUGUGACUUUAGAAAACUGCUUUAUUGGUAAAAAUGCCACCAUUGGUACCAAGGCAAAACUUAUUCAUUGUACUGUUGAAGGUGGAUACUCGGUUGAUGAUGAAAUUGAGGCUAAGGAAGAGAAGUUUGAAGGGUUUGCAGAGGUUGACGAGGCAGAGGAUCUUGUAAGUGAUUUAGAAAGUGGAGAUGAGGAAGGAUCUGAUGAUGAAGGUGAAGAUGAAGAAGAAGAAGAAGAAGAAGAAGAAGAAGAAGAAGAUGAUGAUUAUGAUUCUGAGGAAGAUGAUGAAGAUGAAGAUCAGCUUUCUGACGAUGGCUUUUUUGAUCGGAGCUAG